GAUUCUUCUACCAUUCUUGACCAGAAGUGCGUUUCAAACUCAAUGAUGUGGGCGUCAUUCCAUUGAAUGUUGAGUCCAGUAUUAAGGGCGUUUUCUGCUACUUGCUGCCUAAUCUGAGGGCUUUUUUGUGCUCUUUAAAGAUCUUUUGUUAAAGGUUCUGAAAAUGGCGAAUUUUCUUGUAGUACCACUAAAAAGUAGCUCCGAAGUGGAGUUUCAAAACUUUCAAAAACCUUUUCAAAACUUUAUCAAGAAUACUUUCCCUGAUUCUGGAGAAGGAGAUGACUUUUCCCAACAAGUCAAGGAAUUUUCGAAACAAAGGACCAAUGCUGUGUGCAGGAAACUGGAUAAACAUACCAAUUCUCUGGAUAUGCUGGCAAAAUAUUAUGACCAGCUUGUAUUUAUCGAUGGCAAACUCCCUAUCAGUGAAGACAAGAUUCGUAUAAGCUUCGAAUGGUGGGAUGCUUUUGACAAAGGAUCUACAUGUAUCUUUGGUGCAAAGAAACAUACUGCAUGUAGUGCUGCCUUUGAGAAGGCCUGUGUCCUUUUCAAUUUUGCUGCAAUGAACAGCCAGGUCGCUGCUCUGCAGAGCAUGGAUGAUGAUGAUGGUAUUAAAACUGCUACAAAACAUUUUCAGACUGCAGCUGGUAUUUUCAACCACAUCAAGGUUAGCGUGUACUCUGCUGCUGAGGGGACACCUGACAUGCAUCUAGAAUGCCUCGCUGCCUUCAGCUCACUCAUGCUGGCUCAAGCUCAGGAGAGCUGUCUAAGGAAGACCAGGAAAGACAAGAUGAAGGAUGGGAUUAUAUCUAAGGUAGCACUGUCUGCUAGUGAGCUCUAUCAAGAAGCAGCCGAAGCUCUCUCCCCGUCAAGCGUCAAGAGUAUGCUUCCCAAGGAUUGGAUUCCUACAGUGCUUGGGAAGCAAUACUACAUGCAUGCCAUCUCAGAAUACCACCAGGCCUUGGUGUGCCGAGCUAGCGCGUCCUAUGGUCCAGAAGUUGGAAGGCUAAGGCAUGCAAGUGAUCUCUUGAGUGAAGUCGAACGAAAAGGGGGCCAGUACAUCGACACCAAGGACUUCGCUGCUAGAGUUAGUCAAGAGCUCAAAGCUGUGAAGAAGGACAAUGACUUCAUCUAUCAUGAUAUUGUGCCCUCCGUAGAUCAACUCAGCAGGCCAGGCACCGCCCAGCUUGCCAAAUUUCGUGGUAUCUCAACACCGUUAUCUACUGAAUCAACUGAUCUGUUUACAUUACUGGUUCCCCUAAGUGUUCACAAUGCAACUGUUGCCUAUGACAACCGUAAGGCGGAGAUUGUCAACAGAGAAGUUGGAAAGCUACGAGAGGCAACUCAAGUAAUGAACGGGGCCCUAGUAUCUCUCAACUUGCCUGCAUCUAUUGAGGACCUGAAAGGAGAUGGCGUUCCUCAGUCGGUCUUAGAGAAGUCCCAGAAAAUCAAACAGAAAGGAGGAGUAGAGGUCAUCGACAAGUUGCUCCAAGAACUACCAGAACUCCUCCAGAGAAAUAGAGAUAUUCUAGUUGAGGCCAUCCGUCAACUUGAUGAAGAGGGAAGAACUGAUGACCAGAUGAAGGAGAAGUUUAAGGAGAAAUGGACCCGCACUCCCUCUAACAAGCUGACCAAUGCACUGAGGGAAGAAGCUAACAAGUAUAAGUCCAUUGUAGACAAUGCUGUGCGGGCUGACCACGUUGUUAAGGACAAGUACAACGAGAACAGACGAUCUAUGGAAAUUUUAUCGAAAGACGAGGUGGAGAUAGCAGCUUCGCUUCCAUCGGCCAGUGGAGCUUCAGCAUUACAGGGGUCACCUGUAGUCCAGGAGUUAAGACAACUCAUGAGAGACGUUGAUGAAAUCAAGACGGUCAGAGAAGUCCUGGAGAAUGAGAUUAAGAGUGCCACUGUAGAUAUAAAAAUGAAGUUCCUGGAGGCCCUAGCAGCAGAUGGUGCAAUCACUGACGAAGACGUCAUUUCCAACUCCAACAUUGACGACAUGUAUAGGUCCCUCAUUCAGCAGGUUCAGGAGAAUGUUCGCAAACAGGAGACAGUCCUCGCAAAAAUUCAGGAUGCCGACUCGAGGUUCUGUUUAGCCAAGCAGACCAAUGCAGGUGGUGAACAUAGAGCAGAGAUGCUGAAAAAUCUAGCCACUGCUUUUGACAUUUACAUGGAGCUCACAUCAAACCUACACGAAGGCACCAAGUUCUACAACGACCUGACCCAGAUCCUUGUCAAAUUCCAAAGCAAGGUGGUUGACCUGUGCUUUGCUCGCAAUACUGAGAAGGAGGAUAUGUUAAAGGAUAUUACCCAAUCCCUGGCCCACCAACCCCCUGCAGGUGCGCCUUCGGCUCCAACACAUCACGACACAGCCGCCUCCACAGGUCAAAGAGUUCCUCCAGCAAGACCACCCCCACCCCAGGCCCCACCCCAGCAGGCAGCAUCGGCACCUCAGCAACCACCACCACCAACAGCAGCAGCACUACCACCCCAGGCGGUACCCGGUGGUUACCCCGUACAGCCAGGCUCAGCACCCCAGUACCAACCCAUGCCAUCCUACGCACCCGGCUAUGGUGGUGCCCCCAUGGCCAUGCCCGCCCCGAUGCCGGCCUAUAAUCAGAACACCUACCCCCAGCAAGGUUACCCACAGCAGGGGUACGGGCAGCAGCCCCCUUACGGUUACCAGCAGCCCCCAGCACAGGGUUACCCCGGACAGGCUCCACCCCAGCAAGGCUAUCCAACACCGCCACAAGGGUAUCCACAACAGCCCCAAUACAACCCUUAUGGACAACAGCCACCACGUUAACUUUGUAUGUCAUUGUAUAGUGUCAAGCGUAUAAGUUCUGGUAACUUUUUUGCGUUUUAGCACAUAUCAUUGCAAUAGCAAUUUACGUAUCAAAUGAAACUACCUACUUUAUAUUACCUAUGUCCAAAUUUGUGGAAUAAUUUGCCAGUUAUUAUACGGGAGUUGCCCUCUUUGGUAUCCUUCAAAUUUAAUCUUAAACAGUAUCUCAAGUCAUUGGACAUAUAAGGGAUUCUAUGGCACCUAGUUACUCACCAAUAGUCUGUUUCAUAUUUGUUUAAAUAUCAUUAUUUUCUGUUACUCGGUAUUGUACUUUAAAUAUUUGAUUAUUCUAUAUUGCAAACAUUCACCUUGAUAUAUUUCAAUGUUUUUACAUUCUCUUUUUAAACUAUUUACUUGACAUUAUUGUGUAUGUAUUUUUAAUGAUUUUAUUUUAACAUAUUGUGGUGCAUUCCUGUAUGUAUGUUUUUUGGGGCCCCAUGGGAGACCAACUGAUGUUGAAUGGGCUACCCCGUACGAAUAAAUAAAUAAAAUAUAAAAAACAAAAAACAAAAAAAAUAGUAAGUUUACAAAUAGAUGAAUAUUAAAUGUACAUCUCUGUGUAGCCUUUCUAAUGUUCUGUCAACUUCAUAAAUUGUUAAUCCAUGUUAUGUUAGAAAUUCAAUUAAUUGUUACUAUUUUUACAAAUCAAUACCAAACAAAUGUUAUUAUAGGAUAGUACUAUGUACCAAUGUAUUGUAUAGUAAAGUAUAUCUGACAUACUUGUUUAUUUUUUCUACUGAGGUCUGUUUAAAACACAUACAUAUAGUCCAAUAUUUUCUUCCGCUUGCCAAUGAGGUGUUUUUCGAAAAACAACAAGAAAAAAAUUGGAAGUUUGAGUGUGCAUUUCGAUGUGAUUUACAAAUAUGACAUUACAUGCAAUGUGUUGUUGCUUAUUUGAUAGUGUUUAAUCUAUAUACAUAAUGGCUAAUCUUAACUAUAAGAAAUAUAUUGAAACAUAUAUUAGGUACAGGUGUACAUGUAUAUCUAGCAUUUUUAUAGCAAAGUAAGUGAAAAUUCUACAAAAACAUUAUAGGUCAUGCUCGAUAUAAAAUACUUUUUUUUAAAUAUUGAAAUUGAAAAGACAAUGAUUGCAGAUAUCUGUUGUAAGCCUAUGUGUGCCUAUUGCAAUUUAACAAAUUAUGAUUAAUUGCUCACUCACAGAAAAUGAACAUCAUCACCAUGAACGGUUUAGGUACCUCCAUGAAAUAGCCUUUAGCACCUAUACUGCCCUCUUUAGUUCCCUCUGUUGUAGUUCCCUGCUUUACACAAUUAUCAUUGGAUGUUCUGUAGAUAGAUAUAAAACUUAUAAGAAAUCAAA